UUCCUGCAGGUUUAGCAGCUGAACUGGGACCAGGAAGCAGUUCAGUUCUAACCUGUGAACCGGCUCUGGUCACAGAACAUUUAUAUAAACAACCAACUUCUCACAUUAUGGAAAUCAGAGGCGUCCAGACUGUAUGGCAAGCUGUGUGUGUAUUUAUUCAGCGUCCUGGACGUCUGUAGAAGCACAGCCUUGCAGUUGACCCCUGGUCCCCUGAGGACAUUAACCCAAGCUCAGAGAACUGCUCUUAAUUAGCAGAAACUGCAUUCAAUGUGUAACUAGCCGACUGGUUAAGAUAAAAAUAAUUUAAUUAAUAUGUUUAAAAUCCUUUAUUUGCCUCUCUGGCCUAAAAUCUUCAACCACUCCCUCAGCAUGCUGCUGCCACCGCCGUGCUUCACUGUUCAGGGUUAUAUGCAGUGAUUUACUCCAGCUGCAGCACUUUCAGGCAGGUCUAGUCGUCCAAUGUGACCAGAGCACCUUCUUCCACAUGUUCACACCUUAACUAGUGAGGCUCAACAUGUUCUCCUGUUUGCUCGUAUUAAUAUGAUAUUAACCAUAUUUUAGCUCUUAAACUUUAGCUCUAACAUGCUGCCAUUUUAACACAAUGGGGCAUAAAACCCACAGUGGCCUAGUUAAAGUAUUUUAUUUGGCCUUAUAAGUAAAGCACCGUGCUUGUAGGACUACAUGUGUAACCCGGUAAAACUGAAAAUAUUCACUUAUUGGCUUUAGCGGUGCUACUAGUUAGGGACCUUACUAGAUUUUUGUAAACUAUUAAUAUUCACAACAAAAUCAUUUAUUUUAUUUGUAACAUCUUUUAUCUAAAUGAAUUUGUACUGAUUUGUAAAACUUCAUAUAAGGCAUGUUUAUCUUUAAGCAACAAUUCAAAGUGUUUCCAUGAAUAAAACAUGAGAAAAGAAACAAAACAGAGUGACAAAGGCAGGCAAAGAGGUUUGACAACAACCUUAAAGGUGUAUAGUUCUGAAUUUCUGAAUUUAAAUCAUUUAUUUUCUUUCCCUAAUGCUGUGCUCCUUUAAAGUAACAGUUCAGUUCAUAUUUUCAAAAGAAAAGUCAUAGAAACUCAACAAAGGGGCUUUAACCUUGACUGAAAAUAACUCAUGCUUUCAGGACCUUUAAGUUUAUGCUGAUUUUGUUAUCCUACCUAAUUAACCUGUAAGUUACUGGUUAACAAGUUAACUAGUAAUAUUAGUUUGAACCUGUAACUUACAGGUUAACCUGUAAUUUACUAGUAAGUUAAGUUACUAGUUAACCUGUAAGGGGUAAAAUCAGCCAGAUUGGCCUCCAAGGGAUAAAUGCAGUCUGCCUUCAGAACUGAAGUGACUGCCGUCAGUGUCUCGGAUUACAUGCACUAACGUCUUGCCAUAGUUUCUCAGCGGGCUCUUGGCUGGAGGUGAGGAGGAGGAGGAGGAGGAGGAGGAGGAGGCGCUGCCUGCCUGCCGCACUUCAGCUCCGGCCGUCAGCCCCAGCGCACUGCGCCGGAUCUGGGUCUGCCACGUCUAGAACCGAGCCGGCGCCCCUCCGUCUGUUCGCUGAGGAGACUCAGCCGAACCCGGCAGCUGAUCGGAACCGAGCGGCUUUUUACUCUUUCUUGAUUUUCAGUCUUCUGGGUUUCAGUCCGCGGCUCCGGGUCAGAACUGGACCAGAGAUGACCCUGGUUCUGUCAGUGAAUCCCUUCCUGGACUCCGAGGGAGACGCGCCGCUCUCUGCCUACCCCCCCCUCUGGGACCCGCCUCGCUGCAGAAAGGCCGGCCGGUCCGACCCGGACCCGCGGCGCCGCUCAGCAGAGCGACAGACACGAGAAGCUCCUCCUCCUCCUCCUCCUCCUCGUAGAGUUCCUGACCAGGUCUCCAUGUCCAGGAUCGCCUACUUCAAGAGGAAGUUUGUAGAUGACGAUGAAGAACCUCCCUUCACCUUCCGGACCUACUGCCAGACUGGCCGUGAUGUUUAUGGCUGCUGUGUGUCUGCCGCUCUUCUUCAGGUCGCUCCGGUUCUGGAGGAGCGAGCUCACGUUCUCCGACUCUCUCUGGAGAAGAUGCGAUUCAUCGACGACCCCGAGCUCUUCCUCCGGCGCUCCGUCCUCGUUAACAACCUCCUCCGCCGGCUGCGGGCGGAGAUCCUGCUGCAGAGCGCCGACUGGUGCUUUCCUCCCAACCCGCCGCUCGCCGCCCCCUGCGUCCUGCCGCCCAGCGCCGCCUCCGCUCACCAAGCUCUCCACAGAGCGCCGCCCGCCCGGAUCUGCCUCCCGCCCCUGGCCGGGCCGCCCCUCAGGAAGCGGUUCCGGGUGGUCGGUGCCGGUCGGGGGGGGUUUGGGCCGGACUGCGGCCAGACGUGCUGCUGCCUGUACGCGGCGGCGGCUGCAGGACGCUACCUCCACCUCCCGCUCUCCGUCUACGAUGCUGCUCUCUCCUCCUGCCCGUCCACAGCCAGCACCUCCCUGCUGCAGCUGGCUGGACACAGCAGACUGGGCCUGACUGUGGCUGUGGGUGAUGAAGAGGAGGAGGAAGAGGAGGAGGAGGAGGAGCCUAGAGAGGAAGGGGCUCCAGCUGCUGCUCAGGACGAGUCAGACCCUGAAAGCAGGACUAGGACAUCUGGUCAUAGAGACAGGAGGACUGAGGACAGCUGCAUGGCAGAAAGUGCAGAAGAAGAAGGAGAGCAGGAGGAGGAGGAGGAGGAGGAGGAAGAGGAGGAAGAGCAGGUGGUUGGACCUUGUUCGUGGGAUUCAGGGAGAGAUCUUCACAGACGUCACAGAACCUGCAGGCAGUGAUGUACCGCCUGGGUCAGAACCACCGGACCCUGCUGGUGCAGCGGUGCCGCUCCAGAACCCUGAGCCGGCUCUACAUGGAGUGUGUGGAGGUGUGUUCUGAUCCGUUUUAGUUCUUGAUUUGAAGCAGCUUUUAAAACUCUUGAGCGUUUAUUCUGGUGCCGUCUCAGGACGCCACCGGGCUGCAGCGGCGCCACCAGAAUUCACCUGACAGCAACCCAACCAGGACCAGAACCACUGAAAGUGCCUUAGCCUCUUUAUGCUUACAUGUGUGUUAAAUGUUGUACUACCAACUGCUACCAACAGAACCAGAACCGAGGCGUGUCCUGCGCGGCAGAACUUUGAGCAGUGAUCUCCUACACACGGCUGGACCGGACCUUUCAGUGACUGGAGCUCACUCAGCUAAAGCCGGUCCAGUUUGGCUCAGCCUUCUCGCCAUCAGAACCAUUAUUCAAAGUUUAAAGGGGUCACAGAAAGUUGUUAUCGUUUGCUCCAUAUUCUGUUUUAGAUGCUGCACUAACUGGACCUGAAGGUUCUGUCUAAGCUGUAGGAUCUCCUGCAGGAAGCACCACAGACGUAGAAGUUCUCUGGACCACCAGAAGGUUCUGACUCGGUUCAUUUAAGCCCCUAACACGUAUUUAAGUUUGGGCCGUGUGUCGUUUCUCUUGCUCCCCAGGAAACGGGUCCAGUCCAAAAACCAUUUAGGCAAACAGGAAGUUCCUUUCAAACUAAAAGCAAAGAAAAGUGAAUCUGUGUGGGUUUAGGUGAGGAGAAACGUGGUGAAUGUUGGAGUUAUUCUUGUUAUUUUAUCUUAAUUAUUCCCUCUAAAGUAUGUCUACAUUCAGUUUAACUCUGACUGUAAAUGUGAGUAACUUCCAUGCUUUUAUUCUCCUUGUUUUCUCGUCUAUUCAGUGUAACGAUCAUUGAUUUCUGUUUUUGUUGCUCAUCUGAUGUACAAAAUGCUAAUAAUGACAGCAGCUGAUGCAGCCUGCUGACACCUUCAGCUAUUUUCUAAUCCCUGGUAGUAGUUAUUAGAGGUAAAGACAGAAUAUGAGAGCAAUAUUUGUUUCCAGAGCUGCAUCGUGUACGUUUAUUUCCUGUAUUAACCAUGAGAGAAGAGCAGCUGUGCUCCUGUGUGAUGUUCAGUAUUAGUGAAGCAGUAAAAGCAAAGUUUAAACAGA